UUCUUAACUUCACCAUAGCAGAUAGUGCAAGCUCAUCGACUUACUUAAUUCCACAACUUAUAAGUUCUCUUUGCUAUUAUUUGUUGAGUAAUUGCAGCUAGCACUUGUUUUAGCCUUCAUCAUCAUGGCACCAAACAGAGAAACACUAGUUGACUCUUACUCAAAGAGUGGUAACAAAGCCCACAAGCCCCGUAGACUUUCAAUGGAAAAUCUCCAAAGAACGAUAUCUGACAUCUCAUUUGAACUCAGCAAGGAAGGAGUUGAUCAUCAUGCGAAGCUCGCACCGAUUUCUGAGAUAGAAGAUGCCAAGUGUGAGUGCUGUGGCAUGUGUGAAGAGUGCACCCCUGAGUACAUAAAACGAGUGCGAGACAAGUUCUCAGGGAAAUUGGUUUGUGGGUUAUGUGCAGAAGCAGUUAGUCAGGAAAUGGAGAAAAAUGGAGGCAAUAAAGAAGAGGCCUUGAACGAGCACAUGAAUGCAUGCGUAAGGUUUAAUAGGUUUGGGAGGGCAUAUCCUGUCUUGUCCCAAGCUGAAGCCAUGAGGGCGAUGCUACAAAAGAGUGCAAGUCUUCGAGCCAAGUCCAUUAGUCCUAAAGAUAGAUCAGGUGGUCACCAGAAGGGUACUACUGGCAUUGCAAGGAGCUCUAGUUGUAUUCCAUCAAUCACAAGGUAGAUCACUGACCGGAGAAUAAUCAAUUGAGCUCUUUUAUGGAAGUGCUCUGGUUCAUUUAGGAUUGUAUUUCUGUCCACCGUACGUCUUGGAGCUUGCUUCAAAACAUAUUAAAUCUUCAUUAGUUUGCAAACGUACAAGACUCUUCUUUCCUUGUACUAUAAACCACUUCGACUGAUAUAUGUAGACAUUUUCCUUCAAGUUACAAUAAAUAAAUGUUAUUUUGACA